UUUGCAAAAAGUGAAAAAUUUUCUCGAAGAGGUGUUGAAAAUUUUUCAUUUGAGAACAUCAAAUCGUAUCGAACGGUACAGCAGAAGUAGCAGCCGAAGCAAAGAAAGAAUUCAAAAAGAAAAUUCUAUAAAACCAAAUUUUUCUUUGGGAAAAAGGAAAUCUAGCCUGCCAAGAUGUCGUUGUUGAAACGUUUCGCUGAUGAGGAACGAGAGUCCAAAUAUGGACGAGUUUUUGCUGUAUCGGGUCCAGUUGUUACCGCCGAAUGCAUGUCCGGCUCCGCUAUGUACGAACUGGUACGUGUCGGCUACUACGAAUUGGUUGGUGAAAUUAUUCGUCUGGAAGGUGAUAUGGCCACAAUUCAGGUGUACGAGGAAACUUCAGGUGUCACAGUGGGUGAUCCCGUCUUGCGUACCGGCAAACCGCUCUCGGUUGAAUUGGGUCCCGGCAUUAUGGGUAGUAUUUUUGAUGGUAUUCAGCGGCCACUGCGAGACAUUGGCGAAAUGACCAGCUCCAUUUAUAUACCAAAGGGUGUAAAUGUCCAUGCCCUCUCACGUAGCACUGCAUGGGAGUUUAGUCCGGUAAAUGUUAAGGUUGGCUCACACAUUACCGGUGGCGAUUUGUAUGGUGUUGUGGUAGAGAACACCUUGGUUAAGCAUCGUAUGAUGGUUAGUCCCCGUAGUAAGGGUACCGUGCGUUAUAUUGCCCCACCGGGUAAUUACACCAUGGAAGAUGUGGUCUUGGAAACGGAAUUCGAUGGAGAGGUGACCAAACACACCAUGUUGCAGGUGUGGCCAGUGCGUCAACCCCGACCGGUUAUUGAAAAGUUGCCAGCCAAUCAUCCAUUGUUUACCGGCCAGCGGGUGUUGGACUCCCUGUUCCCCUGUGUCCAGGGUGGUACAACGGCCAUUCCAGGAGCCUUUGGUUGUGGUAAAACGGUUAUUUCACAGUCCCUUUCCAAGUACUCCAACUCGGAUGUCAUCAUUUAUGUGGGCUGCGGCGAACGUGGUAAUGAAAUGUCUGAGGUACUCAGAGAUUUCCCUGAAUUGACCUGUGAAAUUGAUGGUGUGGUUGAGUCUAUUAUGAAACGUACCGCCUUGGUGGCGAAUACCUCCAACAUGCCUGUGGCUGCCCGUGAGGCCUCCAUUUACACCGGCAUUACCUUGUCCGAAUAUUUCCGUGACAUGGGCUACAAUGUGGCCAUGAUGGCCGAUUCCACCUCCCGUUGGGCUGAGGCCUUGCGUGAAAUCUCUGGCCGUUUGGCCGAAAUGCCUGCCGAUUCUGGUUAUCCUGCCUAUUUGGGUGCCCGUCUGGCCACUUUCUAUGAACGUGCCGGUCGUGUGCGUUGUCUGGGCAAUCCUGAACGUGAGGGUUCUGUAUCCAUUGUGGGUGCUGUAUCACCACCCGGUGGUGAUUUCUCUGAUCCUGUCACCUCAGCCACCCUGGGUAUUGUCCAAGUGUUCUGGGGCUUGGAUAAAAAACUGGCCCAACGCAAACAUUUCCCCUCGAUCAAUUGGUUGAUUUCUUAUUCGAAGUACAUGAGAGCCUUGGAUGAAUAUUAUGACAAGAAUUUCCCCGAAUUUGUGCCACUGCGUACCAAGGUUAAGGAAAUUCUCCAGGAGGAAGAAGAUUUGUCGGAAAUUGUACAGUUGGUGGGCAAGGCCUCACUGGCUGAGACGGAUAAAAUUACCCUGGAGGUGGCCAAACUUUUGAAGGAUGAUUUCUUGCAACAGAAUUCCUAUUCACCCUACGAUCGAGUGUGUCCAUUCUAUAAGACAGUGGGUAUGCUCAAGAAUAUGAUUGCCUUCUAUGAAUCGGCCCGACAUGCUGUUGAAUCAACGGCCCAAUCGGAUAAUAAGGUGACAUGGAAUACCAUCAGAGAAUCGAUGGGCAAUAUUAUGUAUCAGUUGUCAUCAAUGAAAUUUAAGGAUCCCGUCAAGGAUGGUGAGGCCAAAAUCAAGGCUGAUUUUGAACAAUUGCAUGAGGACAUGCAACAGGCCUUUAGAAAUCUUGAGGAUUAAAUCAAGCAAAAACCUAAUAAUUUGAUUUAGAGAAAUUUUAAAGACAAACUCUUAGCUAACCUAAACGAAUAAUAACCAAAAACAAAAACAAAAUAGAAAACAAGCAACCUGAACAAUAAUUGUAGCUGGACAAAACAAAAAAAGAUUAUCUUUAGGUAAUGUUAAGCAUAUUCUAUACAAAAAAAAAAACCAAGCAGAUAUUAUAACACUUUGGAGGCAACUAUUCUUUUAGAGAAAAAUAAAAAAGUGAAAUGUAUCUUUGGGCGGGUGGAAUGUUCAUUGAAAUCCCUCCUCCCGCUCCUCCUAGAUACAUGGAAUAUCAAUAUACAUGUUGUAAAAGACAAAAUUUUCGAAAAAUAUCUCUCUCUUAUUGAAAUGUUAUAUGUGUUAUUAUUCUAUUUUUAUUGUAUAUUAAAAUUAUAUUGAAGUGAAAAAACCAAAAAA